AUGAAUGUAGCGGGAUCAGAACUGUCUACGCAAAACCCCGCCGACGUCUGCGCAAGAUUCAAGCCAAUACAAGAAGAAGAAGAAGAAGAAGAAGAAGAAGAAGAAGAAGAAGAAGAAGAAGAAAAGGAGGAGGAGGAGGAGGAGGAGGAGGAGGAAGGAGAAGACGAGGAAGAAGAGGAAGAGGAGGAAAAGGAAUCGAUUGCUCUAACAAGAAGCUUACUCUCGGGACGUUUCGGAUCCUCACUCGGGCCCAUCAUCAGUAACAGUCGCAAAUAAAGAUGAUAGAGGCACAAGACGUGCAGUAUUUACAGGACGCGGUUGCAAUGCCACCACAUUCGCACUAUGUAUGAUUAGCAGCUCCUAUGUUCAUCUCUGGGGCACGUACCUGAUGCGUUGAGGGUUUGUCCGGCUCUUACACCGGUUUGACCGGCAUCUAAGUAUACCACUCCAUACACCCUGGUCCUAAACAAACACUUGACCAGGAUUUUGACCAGCAACAAAAAAUAGACGGGUCAGAAAAAGGAGGAUGACUGGGCAGCCCUGCCUGUAUACCCGGCGGAACCGCAAGCGCAUCUACAGGCAGGGAAAUCAGGUGACAGAGAACUGCCAGCCUACACCAGGCCGCGAGGACCAUGAUUUGCUGGAGCAUGGCAUGGCAGACGCUUACAGUCUUUGGAGCCCAGAGCGGUCCUGUAUAGGGCACCUGUCGCAGCGCUACGCCUUUCGAGUGCUUGCACGCCCGUACCAGUGGCGGUCUGAUCCUCGGCCAAUCACAUCUACGCAAACGGACCAAUCAAGUCCAACCCAGACGUGCUCUUGCCCAAUGCGCCGUGACUAUUUCCCCACUCUCAUGUGGGACGCCGUUCUCAUGGUGUGGACGUUUGCUUUCGCCCAACUGCCAACUUGUCUAAGCCCGUUCCCUGAUCUUCUUGUAUGGAAUACUGCAUUCUUUCAGUUGACAUUCAACUCCUCUUUCUAUUCAGGACCAGGCUUGAAGGUCGUAGUGGCUAGGGCCCCCCUAUGGAUAUGGGAGCGGAAAGUCAUUGCGCUUCUUAAGUGACUGUAGGCGGGAGAAUUAGGACUCAGGCAGCUCACGGGUCACGCGGCUGUCACAUCUUGCGAAAGUUCCAGCCUCAUCAAACCCGAAGGUGUGGCCGGAUCCCGUCGAAUUCAAACCAGUCCCAAUCAUACCCUGAGCGUGCUCAAAUAGGGAUAUUAGGGUCAAAUCGAUCCCCGAUUCGGAUCUAGGUUAAAAAGGUUGGUUGAACAUUCCCUGGUGAGACGGAUCACUUAACUUCUCAACUAUCAUUACACUGUUCUCCUUGGUUAUCUUGGAUCACUUAACUUCUCAACUAUUAUUACUCUGUUCUCCGUGGUUAUCCUGUCAUUAUUUACUCAAAAAUAAAACAUUGUCACAUAGUAUGUGAGACAACAACGGUGCUCUGUUUGGGCUCCAGAUCAAAACUGUGAUCAGUGUUGCGCUGAUUUCAUUUUUGCCCUUGACGGUUAUUCCUGUAAUUGCGAACAGGUGGCCAAUGGGACUGUUGACAAUCCCGCUUUGUGCGAGGGCGAAAUUCUUAGUCGCUUAGCUCGCUGAGAGUGGUCGCGUAGACAACGGAUUUCGAGUUCUAUCGUCUGCUUGCCAUCACGUCUGCUGUCAUCACGUCAUCACGUCUGCAUCUGAUGACGUCAUCACGUCUGCCUCUGAUGACACAUGCCUGUUACAGUUAUUUAUGCAACAUUCUCGUCACCGGAACUGACAAGACCAUGUGACGGUGAACGUACCAUGGCUGCGACCUGCGACCCCGGCGUAUCUACAAGUUACUGCGGUCUGCGGUUGGAGCCGUACCAGCCUGACGCAUCUUCACGUGUUCCCUGUAAUCAACCAUGACCUGAAGUGUGGUGUCAGUUUCUGCCUUUUCGGCCAUGAUGAUUAUUGAAAACACCACCCCGGAUCUUUUCGGUGGUAAACUGCUAUACCAGACCGCCUGCUGAUAGCUAAUCUACCCCCAAAUCCAGUCGUUUCCCCUCGGCUAUCAUAGCUUAACCGACUUGGGUCUGGUAGGCUGUUGACUGUUCGCGACCCCUAUCACCCAUACGAAGCUUGUUUGCUUCGGGAUGCCAAUGGAUCGGUCUGCAACCAUUCCUGAGUAAACAGAUAUUGAUUCCCGUUUGGUUGUGCCAGCCUUUUGCGUCCCUACACAGACGGCGGACAGCAGUCGCAAGUCAUUCAGUCCGGUGUUUAUGUGCGACAGCUAGCCUUUCCUCGGGACACUGCUGCUGCUGCUGCCGCUGCACUUUACACCGAAUCCUCCGUCACCAAUGGACACGCCUUGGAUGCUGAUUGCCAAAUGGUGGCGUCGUUGGUGGUGGCGGCAUAA